AUGACGAGCAUAGACUUGAUAAUUGAAAAGGCCGGCUUGCUAUGCCCAGGACCAGGAGGGGCCAUUGCAAUUGUGAAGGAUGAAGUGCCCCUCGCCCAGCGGGCAUGGGGAUUUGCUGAUCUCAACCAGCGAAUUCCAAUGACAAGGGAAACCAUGUUCCCAAUCUGCUCCAUUACCAAGCAGAUGGUUUGUGCUGUCCUGCAGACUCUGAGGGAUAAUCACACACCGACCAUGCCUAUGGACGAGUCUGCCGAUGACCAGCUCGAGGUAAACUUGCAGAAGCUGCUGACUCGCAAAUUCUGCGAGGACAAUAAGCUCUCCGUUCAGUUGCUGUGCGAUAACCAGUCUGGGAUUCGCGAUUAUUGGGCCACCAACACCCUCAUGGGCGCCAAACCAGAAGACCGCUUCUCCCUCGAGGAUGAUGCGCGGGCAAUGAUUUACCGGGCCAGAUCUCUUCAUUUCAGACCCGGCACCGAGUUCUCCUAUUCCAAUACCAAUUUCCAUAUUCUUGCCCGGGUUGUGGAGAUGACGAGCGGCCAGUCCCUCUCCAGGUUGCUCCGCGAGAGAGUGUUUGCCCCAGCGGGAAUGACGACAGCCGUGCUCUGUCCAUCCACCGAGCACCAGCCAGGUCCGUGUGUGGGAUAUGAAGGCGGCCUUAAGGAGGGCUACUUCCCUGCCAGGAACCGCAUCGAGUGGUCUGGAGAUGCAGGCAUCGUUGCUUCGCUCAAGGACAUGGUCGCCUACGAGCUGCAUCUGCAGUGGAUCAUGCAGGAUUCCAAGAGCUGGUAUCAUAAACACUCAAAACAGGGAACCUUUUCAGACAGAAGCCAAUCCUUCUAUUCCAACGGGUUGUUUUUCGAUGAGAUGGAUGGAGCGGCACUCAUCGGCCACGGCGGUGCGUUACGCGGCUACCGCAUUAGUCGUUUCCACAUGCCUUCGCAAAACCUUUCAGUUGUCGUGAUGCUCAACCAUGAGGCGGAUGCUGACAGUGUCGCGAAGCUGGUCCUACGCGAGGUCCUCGCCAUUUCAAAAGCUUCAACUCACAUGCCGGCUUCCAUCAGUCCAUGGUAUGUCGAGGUGGCAGGCGAAUGGACCGGCAACUUUUUGGAUCUUGAUACUAUGCUUUCCAUUAGAACCAAAAUUACAGGGGAGAAGACCGUCUCGAUCCUAUAUUCAGGAGAAACAGAAGAGAUUAAGCUGUAUGAAUCUAGAAAAGGCUUCUCUCAGGACAUGCGAGCUGAGAUUGAUGGCGACGUGCUCAGAAUCCAUCGUUUGAAGGACAACAGAAUGCUGGAGGGAAUCCGUCUCCACCCGAGUCAAGCAUCUCGACGAGAGCCCACUAUCCCUGGAAACUACGAAUGCGCUGAGCUUGAGUCGAGGUUUACGUGUUUUGGCCAGGGAGAGGUGCUGUAUGGCGCGUUUGAGGGACCGCUGGGCCGCGGACCGGCAUCGCCUAUGACGUAUCUUGGAAGUAACGUUUGGAGUCUUGCCUGUGCGCGCGGUCAAGAUGCUGACCCGCCUGGUGACUGGACUCUGGUGUUUGAUCGAGUUGAUAGCCAGAUGGGUAUAUCCGGUGUGACCAUCGGCUGCUGGUUGGCUCGAAAGUUCGGUUAUAUAAAAUGGGGAUUUUAG